AUGCACAGCAACGAGAUGCAACCAGACACUGAACCUACGGGCACGUCCGAGCAACAAGACGUCUCCGCGGUUUCCAUCCGACUCCCACCAUACUGGGACCGCAACCCUGCAGUUUGGUUUCUGCAAGCGGAAUCGCAAUUUAUUCUCUCUGGCGUUCGCACGGAACAACGCAAGUACCACCUAGUUGUUUCGGCACUGUCGCCUACUGCUGCAGAAGAAGUUGCCGACCUGCUUUCUGGACCGCCUCCCACCACUCCAUACAGCGAUCUUAAGGCUGCCCUUCUCGAGCGCACAACAACAUCGCAGCGAGCCCGCAUGCAGCAGUUGCUCUCCGCAGAGGACUUGGGAGACCGUCGGCCAAGCCAGCUCCUUCGCCGUAUGCGACAGCUCAUGAGCGACAACACAACAGUAAGCGAUGACCGCCUCCUGCGGGAACUGUUCAUGCAGCGCCUUCCAGUAAACGUUCAGAUGGUACUCGCUACAGCCACGGUGAUGGACCUCAACAGCCUGGCCAGCUUGGCGGACAAAGUCAUGGAGGUGGUGACGCCAGCGGUGUGCAACGUAACACCAUCAAGCACCACCGCGAGUUCAGCGCCGCAAACAUCAUCCUCCGCCGAUUCUCCCAUCGACGUGCUCUGCAAUCGCCUUGAACAAUUAGUGUGUGCUGCGGAGCGUCAUCGCACUUCACCCCGUCACGGAAGGUACCGCAGCUCGAGUAGAUCACGGCGUCCAAGAGAAGAACGCUCCCGGUCUCAAACGCCACCACGGGUAUGCUUUUAUCACCGCCGCUUCGGGCAGGAGGCGCGCCACUGCCUCCGUCCUUGUGCAUGGCAGGGAAACCAGCCGGCCGACCUUUAAUGGCGACAAC